UUCCCCAUUUAGUGAGUUCAUUUUUAUAAUUUCGUCUUCAUCGUGCUAGUAGUAUAAAAUUAGUGCUGCCAACUCCAAUAAUAUCCAGACCGUUUCGGACCCAAAUAAACACAACUAAAGAUACUUUCCACACACCUGAAAGUCGGUAAAUCAACGAGUUGAUUGUAUCAAAAUAAACAAAAUGCGACUUUAUUGCUUAAGCAACGAUUUGGCAAAACAUUGUUAUGUUAUUACAUUCAAGGGACUCCGUAUUAUGCUAGACUGUGGCCUCACAGAGCAGACGGUGCUCAACUUUUUGCCACUUCCAUUUGUGCAGAGCGUGAAAUUAUCAAACCUCCCAAAUUGGAUAAUAAACCGCGAACAUGAUCCCCAAAUGGACGGCGAACUAAAGGAGUGCUGCGGUCGAGUUUUUGUUGACUCUGCGCCUGAGUUUACCCUACCCAUGGAUAAGAUGGUCGAUUUUAGUGAGAUUGAUGUGAUAUUAAUAUCUAACUAUCUGAAUAUGCUGGCGCUGCCCUAUGUAACGGAGCACACUGGUUUUAAAGGAAAAGUGUACGCAACAGAGCCCACAUUGCAGAUCGGCCGUUUCUUCCUAGAAGAGCUAGUGGAGUACAUUGAAGUUGCGCCUAAGGCGAGCACGGCACAUUUGUGGAAAGACGUUUUACAUUUAUUGCCUAGUCCAAUAAGUGAGGCGUUUCGGCCAAAAAAAUGGAAAACUAUAUUUAGUUUGAAGGAUGUGCAUAACAGCCUUGCUCGUGUAACCAUUAUGGGUUACGAUGAAAAACUGGAUAUAUUGGGUGCUUUUAUAGCAACGCCAGUCAGUUCAGGAUAUUGCUUAGGCUCGAGUAAUUGGGUGCUGAGCACGGCACACGAAAAAAUCUGUUACGUUAGUGGGUCAUCAACACUAACCACCCAUCCACGCCCUAUUAAUCAAUCUGCACUUAAACACGCAGAUGUGUUAAUAAUGACAGGCCUAACACAGGCCCCUACUGUUAAUCCAGAUACGAAGUUGGGCGAACUAUGCAUGAACGUCGCACUAACUAUACGUAAUAAUGGAUCUGCAUUGAUACCCUGUUACCCUUCUGGCGUGGUGUAUGAUCUUUUUGAGUGUCUUACGCAGAAUUUGGAAAACGCAGGUCUCAAUAAUGUGCCCAUGUUCUUCAUUUCUCCAGUAGCAGAUAGCUCGUUAGCAUAUUCAAAUAUUUUGGCUGAAUGGCUGAGUUCAGCAAAACAAAAUAAAGUCUACCUGCCCGAUGACCCCUUUCCACAUGCCUUUUAUUUGCGUAAUUCAAAAUUGAAACAUUAUAAACAUGUGUUUUCGGACGGAUUCAGCAAAGAUUUUCGACAGCCAUGUGUUGUGUUUUGUGGACAUCCAAGCUUGCGAUUCGGCGAUGCUGUUCAUUUUAUAGAGAUGUGGGGCAAUAAUGUCAACAAUUCAAUUAUCUUUACAGAACCCGAUUUCCCAUAUCUUCAAGUUUUAGCGCCAUUCCAACCAUUGGCUAUGAAAGCGUUUUAUUGUCCCAUAGAUACAUCGUUAAAUUAUCAACAGGCGAAUAAAUUGAUUAAAGAGCUUAAGCCUAAUGUUUUGGUGAUACCGGAAGCCUACACCAAACCACAUCCAAAUGCCCCGAAUCUAUUUAUCGAGCAACCAGAUAAAAAGAUUAUAACUUUCAAAUGUGGUGAAAUCAUUCGUUUGCCAUUGAAGCGCAAACUCGAUCGUGUAUUUAUAACUUAUGAUAUGGCGCAAAAAAUUGUGCCUCGAGAUGUGGGUAACGGCGUGGCCGUAUCCACUAUCACUGGCAUUCUUGAAGUCAAGGAUAAGGUGCACAAUAUACAACCAUGCACGGAAACAACAGAUGAUAAGCCGAGUAGCAGUAAAAUGCCUCCCCCAAGCAGAGAGGAUGUGCUCAAGAAUAUGAAGUACGAGUAUGGUACCUUAGAUGUAGAAAUGCUUAAAAAACGUCUAAUGCAAGACGGCAUUACAAAUAUUAAAAUGGAACGCGCUGGCAAUACAAUAACGCUGCAUUUGGUCAAUGAGGAUACAACCAUUAGGUUUGAUGAUAACGAGACGCACAUAAUUUGUGGCGGGAAACAGUCUUUACGCCGUAAGCUCCGCGACUCAGUACUAAAAUGUUUACAAAGCUUUUAAAUAGAGGCUAAGUAUAAAA